AUGAGUGAACUUGUGCCAGAACCUUCGGGAUGUAGUACCGCAAAAACAGUAAAACAGCGGAAAUCUUCAGCUCCCUUUAGCAUAGAGGAGUUAGAAGAGAUAUUAUGCGACUCGGAUUAUGAUGACGACGACCCGACUUUUUCUUUACGUGAGGAAGCGAGAAAAUCUGGCUGGAGUGACUCUGAUGACGAAGAAGAAUCUGACGAAGGGCAAGCUGAAGAGGAGGAGAUGGAUUCGACAGUAUCAACUGCUGAUACGACCCAAACUUCGAAAGAUGACGUUCCCCUUAAUUCCGUUGAGGUUAAAACGCUCAGAUAAGUAAAUAACAAUAAAAUAGGUUGUAAAGAAAAAGAUAGUAAGCCCCUGCACUAUAAUUUUGAUCCCAUCGAGUCUACUGGUGAAUCAACUCGUUCAGUACAAGUUCAAAAGCAAGGUUGCGUUGGGGUAGGGCUAAAAUUUCUGAAAAGCCAUCGUGGAGGCAUCGGCAGCCACCCCCCUCGACGUUCCACCCCUCUCGCAGGUCUCUGGCCUUCAGUUUUUAAUUUGGCCACAAAGGCUGCGAUCACCGCUAACGCCACUUGUGGGGAAAGGGGCCGAGAGGAGUUCUGUCGAAUAGCGGAUAACGGCAAAGGACGGUGCGGUAUUUGCGACAAUUUCAGCCCCGAUCCCGGCAAAAGGCAUUCUAUUAAUUUCGCUAUUGAUGGGAGUAAUCGCUGGUGGCAGAGUCCUGCGGUGUAUUAUGGACCUCACUAUGAAUACGUCACAAUAACAAUCGAUCUUAAACAGGGCAAAUUAUAUGACUAUAUUAUAGUUAGGCAGAUGUCUGAAGUUAAAAUACAAGACACCCGAGUAUACAGGGGUAUACAAUAUGGCUGGAAUUAUUACUUACUGAAAUCUCGAGCUCAAAUUUCCUAUAAACAUAAAAAGAAUCAAAUCUCAACCGAAAAUAACGAAACAACUGAGAGAAAAGCACUGUUAAUAUAA